CAUACCGAUCUAACGGGUUUGUUUCUUUUCUCUCUUCUCGUUGAUCAGUGGAGUAGUGGAAAGUGAGUUAGGGUUCCGUGUUGAUCUCUACUGAAGCUUUCAUGAAACUCCUUGAAAGUUAAAAUUGGAUAUUUCAGGUUGAGGGAAUGAAAUUAAGUUAUUAAUUUGAAGAAAUUCAAGAAGUGGGUAAAAAAUGAGGACUGGUAGUGCUGCUAAGUUGAUUGUGGAUGCGUUGCUGCAGAGGUUUCUUCCACUUGCUCGACGUCGCAUUGAAACAGCGCAAGCACAGGAUGGGCAGUACCUUAGGCCGUCUGAUCCAGCUUAUGAACAAGUUUUAGACUCAUUAGCUAUGGUGGCUCGGCAUACACCAGUUCCUCUACUUGAAGCUUUAUUAAAGUGGAGAGAAAGUGAAUCUCCAAAGGGUGCAAAUGAUGCUGCUACAUUCCAAAGAAAGCUUGCGGUGGAGUGCAUAUUUUGUUCAGCAUGUAUCCGCUUUGUUGAGUGCUGCCCACAGGAAGGGCUUACAGAGAAACUUUGGUCUGGGCUGGAGAAUUUUGUAUUCGACUGGCUUAUCAAUGCUGAUAGAGUUGUAAGCCAGGUUGAGUAUCCUUCAUUGGUGGAUCUGCGGGGACUACUUUUAGACCUAGUGGCACAGCUCCUUGGUGCGUUAUCACGGAUCAGGUUUAGCUCUGUUACAGAGCGCUUCUUUAUGGAACUCAAUACUCGUCGUAUCGACACGAGUGCGGCAAGAAGUGAAACCCUUAAUAUCAUUAAUGGGAUGCGCUACCUAAAACUUGGGGUUAAAACUGAGGGUGGGCUUAAUGCAUCGGCUUCCUUUGUGGCAAAAGCAAACCCUCUUAAUCGUGCUCCGCAUAAAAGGAAAAGUGAACUGCAUCAUGCAUUGUGUAAUAUGCUCUCAAGCAUACUUGCACCCCUUGCAGAUGGUGGGAAAAGCCGUUGGCCUCCAUCAGGUGUUGACCCUGCCCUAACUCUAUGGUAUGAGGCAGUCGGUAGAAUUAGAAGCCAGCUUAUGUAUUGGAUGGACAAGCAGAGUAAACAUAUACCUGUUGGCUAUCCUCUGGUAACUCUUCUUCUCUGCUUGGGUGAUCCUCAAACGUUCAAUAGUAACUUCAGUUCUCAUAUGGACUAUUUAUAUAGACAUCUUAGGGACAAGAACCAUCGUUUCAUGGCUUUGGAUUGUCUUCAUCGGGUUGUGAGGUUUUACUUAAGUGUCUAUGCUGACUUCCAACCAAGAAAUCGUGUAUGGGAUUACCUAGAUAGCGUAACAUCACAGCUUUUGACUGUUUUGAGGAAAGGAAUGCUAACUCAGGAUGUUCAACAUGAUAAACUUGUUGAAUUCUGUGUAACUAUUGCAGAGAGUAACCUCGAUUUUGCAAUGACCCACAUGAUACUGGAGCUUCUUAAAUUAGAUAGUCUAAGUGAAGCAAAGGUUAUUGGCCUUAGGGCUUUGCUUGCGAUUGUUAGAUCUCCUUCAAAUCAGCAGACUGGCUUGGAAGCUUUUCGAGGUCAGGAUAUUGGUCACUAUCUCCCAAAAGUAAAGUCUGCAAUCGAGGCAAUCUUAAGGUCCUGCCACAGAGCUUAUAGUCAAGCACUUCUCACUUCGUCAAAGACUACCAUAGAUGCUGUCACCAAGGAAAAAUCUCAGGGAUAUCUCUUCAGGUCAGUUCUAAAGUGCAUACCAUAUCUGAUCGAAGAGGUAGGCCGCAGUGAUAAAAUCACUGAAAUAAUUCCUCAACAUGGCAUAAGUAUUGAUCCUGGUGUUCGUGAAGAAGCGGUACAAGUUCUUAAUCGGAUCGUAAGGUACCUUCCCCAUCGCCGGUUUGCAGUCAUGAAAGGAAUGGCCAAUUUUACCUUGCGGCUUCCAGAUGAGUUCCCUCUUCUUAUCCAAACAUCAUUGGGACGGCUUGUGGAACUUAUGCGGUUUUGGAGGGCAUGUCUGUCUGAUGAGAGAUUAGAAUAUGAUAGUCAGAUUAUGAAACGGGGAGUCGACGUGGGAAAUGAAGUUACCAAUCAGAGGCAGACAACUUUCCAAAAUUUAGGGGACAUGGUUGACUUUCGCUCAUCCGAAAUGGAUGCAGUUGGACUUAUCUUUCUCAGCUCCGUGGAUAUUCAAAUCAGGCACACCGCACUGGAGUUACUCCGCUGCGUUCGUGCUUUGAGAAAUGAUAUACGAGAUCUCUCAGUUAACGGACGAAGCGAUCAUAAAUUGAAAACGGAAGCUGAACCCAUAUUUGUAAUCGAUGUCUUGGAAGAAAAUGGGGAGGACAUUGUUCAAAGCUGCUACUGGGAUUCUGGCCGACCAUAUGACUUGAGACGGGAGUCUGAUGCAGUCCCUGCUGAUGUGACUCUUCAAUCCCUUCUGGAGAGUCCCGAUAAAAAUAGAUGGGCUCGUUGUCUUAGCGAGCUCGUGAAAUACGCUGCUGAACUUUGUCCCAGUUCAGUCCAGGAAGCCAAGUUGGAGGUAGUCCAGCGGCUUGCUUUUGUUACACCCAUAGAAUUGGGUGGGAGAUCUAAUCAGUCACAAGAUAGUGAAAAAAAAUUAGAUCAGUGGCUAAUAUAUGCGAUGUUCGCCUGCUCUUGUCCGCCUGAUAUCAGAGAAGCUGGCAGUCUCUCAAGAACUAAAGAUCUUUACUCUCUUAUAUUUCCUUCGCUUAAAUCUGGAACGGAAGCACAUAUACAUGCAGUUACCAUGGCUCUUGGUCGUUCACAUCUGGAGGUCUGUGAUAUCAUGUUUACCGAGCUUGCAUCAUUUCUUGAAGAGAUUUCAAUGGAAACAGAGGGAAAGCCAAAAUGGAAGAGUCAGAAAUCUCGGCGUGAGGAACUCCGAGUUCACAUUGCGAAUAUAUAUCGUACUGUUGCUGAGAAUAUCUGGCCUGGAAUGCUGAGCCGCAAACCAGGUUUCCGUCUUCAUUAUUUGAAGUUCAUCGAGGAAACAGCUAGACAGAUCAUAACUUCAGCGCACGACAGCUUUCAAGAAAUGCAACCUCUCCGCUUUGCCCUAGCUUCUGUGCUGAGAUCACUAUGCCCUGAUAUUGUGGAAUCUAGGUCCGAGAAAUUUGAUGUCAGAACUCGAAAGAGACUCUUUGAUCUACUUCUCUCAUGGUGUGAUGAAACAGGCACUACAUGGGGUGGUCAGGAUGGUGCCAGUGAAUAUCGUCGGGAAAUUGAACGUUACAAGCAAGCUCAGCAAGGUAGGUCAAAGGACUCCGUGGAUAAGAUCUCAUUUGACAAAGAAAUGACUGAACAAGUUGAGGCAAUUCAGUGGGCCUCCUUGAAUGCCAUGGCAUCUUUAUUAUACGGGCCUUGCUUUGAUGAUAAUGCAAGAAAGAUGAGUGGCAAGGUAAUAUCUUGGAUUAAUGGGUUAUUUAUUGAGCCAGCUCCUAGGGCGCCUUUUGGGUAUUCACCAGUGGAUCCAAGAACUCCGUCUUAUUCAAAAUAUACAGGAGAUGGAGGGCGUCCUGCUUCUGGACGGGACCGGCAUAGGGGAUUAAGGGUUUCCCUUGCAAAAACAGCUUUGAAAAAUCUACUUCAAACGAAUCUGGACUUAUUUCCUGCUUGCAUUGACCAGUGCUAUUACUCGGAUGCUGCCAUAGCUGAUGGUUACUUUAGUGUGUUGGCCGAGGUCUACAUGCGCCAAGAAAUUCCAAAAUGUGAAAUUCAGAGACUUCUGAGCCUAAUCCUAUAUAAGGUGGUAGACCCGUCGAGGCAGAUCCGUGAUGAUGCCCUUCAGAUGCUUGAAACCCUAUCAGUUCGCGAGUGGGCCGAGGAGGGUACUGAAGGUUCUGGUAGUUAUCGAGCUGCUGUUGUUGGUAACCUUCCUGACUCUUACCAACAGUUCCAAUACAAGCUCUCUUGCAAGCUUGCCAAAGACCAUCCUGAGCUUAGCCAACUUCUCUGCGAGGAGAUAAUGCAGAGACAACUUGAUGCCGUUGACAUAAUUGCGCAGCACCAGGUGUUAACUUGCAUGGCUCCAUGGAUUGAGAACCUGAACUUUUGGAAACUCAAAGAAUCUGGAUGGAGUGAAAGAUUGUUGAAAAGUCUUUACUAUGUAACUUGGAGGCAUGGGGAUCAAUUUCCUGAUGAAAUUGAGAAGCUUUGGAGCACAAUAGCUAGCAAGCCUAAGAACAUUAGUCCAGUUCUGGACUUCUUGAUCACGAAAGGAAUGGAAGAUUGUGAUUCAAAUGCAUCAGCUGAAAUAAGUGGAGCUUUCGCAACAUACUUUUCAGUUGCCAAACGUGUAGGUUUGUACCUUGCUCGUAUAUGUCCUCAACGAACAAUUGAUCACUUGGUUUACCAGUUGGCUCAGCGAAUGCUGGAGGAUAGUGUGGAACCAAUCAGACCAAGCACGAGUAAAGGUGAUGUUGGAGGCAACUUUUUGUUGGAAUUCUCUCAGGGGCCUACAGCGGCACAAAUUGCAUCUGUUGUUGACAACCAACCUCACAUGUCACCGUUGCUUGUGCGUGGUUCUUUGGACGGUCCACUUAGGAGUACAAGUGGGAGUCUGAGCUGGCGAACAUCAGCAGGCCGAAGCAUCUCAGGUCCACUAAGCCAAAUGCCUCCUGAGAUGAACGUAGUUCCCGUUGGUGCUGCACGGUCAGGGCAACUUCUUCCUGCUAUAGUAAACAUGUCAGGCCCAUUGAUGGGAGUUCGUAGUUCAACUGGCAGCCUCCGUAGCCGCCAUGUAUCACGUGACAGUGGAGACUACUUCAGUGACACGCCGAUAUCGGGUGAGGAUGGAUUGCAUGCUAGUAGCGGGGUCCAUGGUGUCAAUGCUGGAGAUCUCCAAUCAGCUCUUCAAGGGGACCAACACACAUUGACUCAUGCAGAUAUAGCAUUGAUUCUACUAGCAGAGAUUGCUUAUGAAAAUGAUGAGGACUUCCGCGAGCACUUACCUUUGCUAUUUCAUGUAACUUUUGUGUCCAUGGAUAGCUCUGAAGACAUUGUGCUGGAGCACUGCCAACACUUGCUAGUUAAUCUGCUAUACUCUCUUGCUGGUCGACACUUGGAGCUUUAUGAUGUUGAGAACAUUGAUGGAGAAAACAGGCAGCAGGUUGUAAGUUUGAUAAAGUAUGUGCAGUCAAAGCGUGGAAGCAUGAUGUGGGAGAACGAAGACCCCACAGUCGUGAGGACUGAACUUCCUAGUGCAGCGCUACUAUCAGCUCUAGUUCAAAGUAUGGUUGAUGCAAUUUUCUUUCAAGGAGACCUUCGUGAGACAUGGGGUGCGGAGGCCCUAAAAUGGGCAAUGGAGUGCAUGUCCAGGCACCUUGCCUGCCGGUCCCACCAGAUAUACCGUGCAUUACGCCCGACUGUCACAAGUGAUACAUGUGUCUCACUCCUUCGAUGCCUUCACAGAUGCUUAGGGAACCCGACUCCAUCAGUUUUAGGGUUUUCCAUGGAAAUUCUAUUGACGUUGCAAGUAAUGGUGGAGACUAUGGAGCCAGAGAAAGUGAUACUUUACCCCCAACUUUUCUGGGGUUGUGUUGCAAUGCUGCACACGGAUUUUGUCCAUGUUUACUGCCAGGUCCUUGAGCUAUUUGGGCGUGUUAUAGACAGGUUGUCUUUCAGAGAUAGUACCACAGAGAAUGUCCUGCUUUCAAGCAUGCCCCGGGAUGAGCUCGACACCUGCCAUACGGGUGAACAUCAAAGGACGGAGUCGAGAGUUGGAGGCGAGCCUCCAACUUCAAGUGGGAAGGUGCCGGCUUUUGAGGGAGUACAACCUCUUGUGCUCAAAGGACUGAUGUCAACUGUCAGUCAUGGGUAUUCCAUCGAGGUACUGUCACGUAUCACAGUGCACUCAUGCGAUUCCAUAUUUGGGGACGGCGAGACACGGCUCCUCAUGCACAUCACUGGGUUGCUUCCAUGGCUCUGUUUACAGCUCAGCAACGACACCCUUCUUUUUCCUGCUUCCCCACUCCAACAACAAUACCAAAAAGCCUGCUCUGUUGCAGCCAACAUUGCGGUCUGGUGCCGUGCAAAAUCGAUGGAUGAACUAGCAGUAGUGUUUGUAGCCUACUCCCGUGGAGAAAUUACAGCGGUCGACAACCUACUUGCUUGCGUGUCACCACUGUUAUGCCAUGAAUGGUUCCCAAAACACUCGGCUCUGGCUUUCGGUCAUUUGCUUCGGCUUCUUGAGAAGGGGCCAGUCGAAUACCAACGCGUAAUUCUGUUGAUGCUCAAAGCUUUGCUUCAACAUACAGCAAUGGACGCAGCUCAGAGCCCGCAUGUAUAUGCGAUUGUUUCACAACUUGUGGAGAGCACGUUGUGUUGGGAGGCACUGAGUGUGUUGGAAGCCUUAUUGCAGAGCUGCAGCACAUUAACUGGAGCUGCUGCUUCUCAUUCACAUGAUCUAGCGGUGAUGUCAUCAAUAGAAAACAUUGGUUUUGGUGGUCCUACUGAUGACAAACUGCUUGCUCCUCAAAGUUCAUUCAAGGCCAGAAGCGGGCAACUGCAGUUUGGCAUGGCCAUGGGUUCUGGUUUUAUGACGACAAAUCAAGCAAUGUCAGGAACGACAACACAACUUGGUGGUGGUGGUGCAGCUGCUUCUGGUAGUGCAACUGAGACAUCUGGAUUGUCGCAGAGGGAUCUGGCAUUGCAAAAUACUCGCCUAAUUCUUGGACGAGUUCUUGAUACUUGUGCUCUUGGAAGGAGGAGAGAAUAUAGAAGACUUGUACCAUUUGUGACCAGUACGAGGAACCCUUAAAAUGAAAAGAGUUGGGUUUUCAUUGUUAUUACUUGGAAAUGUAGAGAUGAAUGAGAAGUUGUGUAAAAAAAGAAGAAGAAAAGAAUGUACUCUUGCAUAUGUUGAAGUCGUGUUUAAUGGAUACAGCUUCUUGAUUUGUUCCUUCCAAAGUGGAAAAUGAAUGGCAAAUCUAUGUAGUAAUUUAAAGGUCUGCUUUAUUUA